AUGUCUGAGCCCAAAGUGCCCAAGAACGUUGUCAUCUGCGGGGGAGGCAUACAAAGUGCGGCGAUAGCGUACUACCUGAGCCUUCGAGGAGUAGCUCCCACCGUCAUCGAACGAAGCGAGAUCGCCUGCGCCGCCAGCGGCAAGGCAGGAGGGUUCCUUGCUCGAGGCUGGGGCAACGGGGACACAGCAGAGCUCCAUGAAGUCAGCUUCGACCUGCACGAGCAGCUGUCCAAGGACCUGAAGCUCAAAGGCUACCGUAAGCUUCCCACACUCAGCGUUGCGGCGGGAUCUCGGAGCAAGACGGUGGAGGCAGCGGUAUCGAGCGGGAAGGCUCCUUCCUGGCUGGACAAGAACGUUGCCAAGGCAUCGCUGAUGGAUGACGAGACGGCUCAGACGAACCCGUUCGAGCUCACGACUGCGCUGAUGGACUUCGCUGUUUCCAAGGGAGCGAAGGUGGUGAAGGGAAAGGUGGACGGGAUCGAGAUGGAAGGAGAUGAAGUGAAGGCUGUGAGAGUCGGAGAUAAGGCAAUCGAGACAGACUGCUGCGUCAUCGCCAUGGGACCCUGGUCCUGCAUGGCCGAAGAUUGGUUCCCCGGCCUGUCGCUUCCCAUGCAAGGAGUGCGCUCAACUUCUAUCGUAUACAAGUCCGAGGAGAACGUGGAUGCCUUCGCUCUCUUCUGCGCUGAAGAUUCCAACGGGUGUCACCUUGAAGUUUAUCCCCGGGCCUCCAACGAGAUCUACUUGUGCGGGAUCGGAGGGAGCAAGUACCUCGACAACGACGACCUGAAGAAGGUUUCCCCCGAGGAGAUCACAGCAGACCCGUCGAGAGUUGCCGCCGCUGAGAGAUCCUUCGGCUCCAUGUCUUCCUUGGGAAGCAAGAAGGCAGAUAUCGCUCAGGCCUGUAUGCGUCCAUGUCCCCCCGAUGCGAAGCCGUACCUCGGACGGAUUCCGGGCACGCAGAACGCCUUCAUAGCAGCUGGGCACAACUGCUGGGGGAUCUUGUGGGCUCCGGUGACAGGCCUCGCCAUGUCGGAGCUGAUCCUCGACGGGAAGAGCAAGUGUGUUGACUUGUCGCCCUUCAAUCCCGGAAGGUUCUCCAAGAAAUCUGCUGCUUCCUCCCUCCGACGUGGACGGCAGCAGGUCAACGAGCCCGUAGGGGAGCAGUGGUAG